AUGUCAACUAGAACAGAAAGAGCCUGCAUGUUAUGUGGUAUAAUACAACCAGCCAAGACUUUUAAAACCGGCGGAUGUCCGAACUGUGAAGGAUUAUUGAAUUUUCGAAAUAGUGACCAAGACUUCAAUCCCAUCACCGACUGUACAUCUCCUUCCUUUGAAGGAUUAGUAGCCUUGGGAGAAGACAAUAAGGAGUCUUGGGUAGCGAGGUGGCUAAGGAUAGAAAGUUUUGUUCCCGGCUUGUAUGCUGUCAAGAUUAAUGGUAAACUACCUCCUAUAGUGAUUGAGCAUUUGGAAUCGCAGGACGUAAUAUACAGGCCAAGGGAUGGAAGUGCAGAAGAUUAG